GCUUUCCCUCGAAGGAGGAAGGGAAGGUGUCGGGCCCAGUUAAAGCCAACCGACUGCUGAACGUAUAAAGACCCAAUUGGGUCUUCCAUUCAUUCCCAGUUUAGAGAGAAAUCAACAACCCAAACACAAAGGCAAAGGCCAAAGUUGCAAGAUCAUAUAGACUACUCAUAGUAGAGGAAGUAAGCUCUGAAAUGGCUGCUCAAGGUCCCUCAAGUCCUCUCCUCACUCCUUAUAAAAUGGGAAAGUUCAAUCUUUCUCAUAGAAUUGUUUUAGCACCAUUGACUAGACAAAGAUCAUACGGAAAUGUUCCUCAGCCACAUGCCAUCUUAUAUUACUCUCAGAGAACAUCUAAUGGGGGUCUUCUCAUAGCUGAAGCCACUGGAGUUUCUGACACAGCUCAAGGGUACCCAGAUACUCCUGGUAUAUGGACUAAGGAGCAAGUGGAAGCAUGGAAACCGAUUGUUGAUGCGGUUCAUGCUAAAGGCGGUGUCUUCUUCUGUCAGAUUUGGCAUGUGGGAAGGGUUUCAAAUAGUGCUUAUCAGCCAAAUGGGCAAGCUCCAAUCUCUUCUUCGGACAAGCCACUGACCCCACAACUACGAUCUAAUGGUAUUGAUGUUGCUGAGUUUACACCUCCAAGGCAAUUAAGGACAGAUGAAAUCCCACAAAUUGUCAAUGAUUUUAGACUCGCUGCAAGGAAUGCUAUCGAAGCUGGCUUUGAUGGAGUGGAAAUUCAUGGGGCCCAUGGCUACCUUCUUGAUCAGUUUAUGAAAGAUCAAGUGAAUGAUCGAACAGACGAAUAUGGUGGAUCUCUGGAGAAUCGUUGCCGAUUUGCUCUGGAAGUCGUUGAAGCUGUUGCUAAUGAGAUAGGAGCAGAUAAAGUUGGAAUUAGAUUAUCUCCAUUUGCCAACUAUAUGGAAUCAGGGAAUUCAGAUCCGAAAGCAUUAGGCCUUUACAUGGCCAAUUCCUUGAAUAAAUAUGGAAUUCUGUACUGCCAUAUGGUUGAGCCGAGAAUGAGGACAGUUGGAGAAAAAUGUGCAUGCCCCCACAGUCUUGUACCCAUGAGAAAGGCUUUCAAUGGUACCUUCAUUGCUGCAGGUGGUUUUGACAGGGAAGAUGGGAACAACGCUGUGGCUGAGGGUCGUGCAGAUCUUAUCGCCUUUGGUCGUUGGUUCUUGGCUAAUCCAGAUUUACCAAAGAGAUUUGAGCUUAAUGCUCCUCUGAAUAAGUACAACAGAGAGACCUUCUAUGUAUCUGAUCCAGUUAUUGGCUACACUGAUUAUCCGUUCCUUGAAACCACUGCUUAAUUUGCCAGCCGAAUAUAGAAGCUUGAACCUUCCUAUAUUUUAGUUCCAGUAUUAAUGUGCUUAAAUUUUUUCUUCUUACUUUUAUUGCAUUGCAUAAUUAGAGAAGAGAAAAAGUGUGCAAUAAUUCGAGGGGCAGAAGUUAGCUCACCACACAGUAAAAUUGUCAUUUGGUAUGGUGUGCUUCUGCUUUGACCAAUCUGUAUCAAGUGUAGUGUUGUAGCUCGUGGCCACUUGAGUUUAAUAAAGAUAAUCUUGGUUUUUUUUUUUUUU